AUGUUCCUCCUCGGCAGCCGUGAGGACCGCGCACAUCGACGCUUGCUAGCACGGUACCGCGAUGCUACCGCUCGUGUCGCCGCGGCUCAGCAGAAAGUCAGCGAAGCAGUGACCCGCUACAAUGAAGCUCUGGCCUGGGCUACCUAUCGCGAGCAAGUUGAGGAUGCGAAGGAGAUCAUGAUCGAGGCUGAUAGGAAAGCUGACAAGGUGAUGGAGCUGGAGUAUAGGGUGCGACGGGAGCUGGAUGCGGUGGCUUUGAGAUUGGCGGGGAGGAAAAGGGAGAUGACAUGA